CUGGCUUGUAGAGCGCUUUAUGGUGUGUUGUGAAGUGAAUUUGAACUUUCCUGGCUUGUAGAGUCGCUGCUGAAAGACCACUCAUAGGUUGGAUAACGAAGUGAUAUCGGGAACUAUUGUUAAUUUUCACGAACACACUUUGUCAUAAGAUGACAGCAAAGUGACAUUUACCUCUAUUUCGAAAAAGUCAGCAAGAAUUUGAUCAAAUCCAUAGAAAUAAAUAGUACUUACAUCCUAACUUUGGUAUAAAUGCAGCAUUCAAAAAUUCUAUUAUGAGUCGAUAAUAUUUGUUAACUAGAUGUCUAGUCAUAUUGCAAAUGUUUUGAAGCAAGCCCGUGUAACCUUCGCAAAAACUCAAAAACCUUACAAACAAAAAAUUGAAAUUUUAUCAUCUCUACUAGAUAAAACUACAAUGAAUCACGUGAAUCUACCAAAAACAUACAUGGAUCAUCAUUUAUGGGAAUAUCCGGAAAAAGCUCCUGUAAGCUGCAUCGAAAUUUUCGAAGAUUCUGAUGUAACGAUGGGAAUUUUCAUGUUAAAACCCAACGGUAAGCUACCAUUACACAAUCACCCAAAUAUGUAUGGGUUGAUUAAGGUCUUAUCUGGUAAAGUGAAAAUUACCAGUUUCUCCAUGAAUACAGAAAAAACUAAAGAAAUAGACCAAAGAAGCUUUCAUGGUGAAUCGAUGCCGUAUAAACCAAGCAACAAAAUUUUAACUGCCGAACUUAAUGGAGUUACAAUCGCAAACUCAGAAAGCCCCCCAUGUAUUGUAGAGCCGAAUUUUAGAAAUAUACACGAAAUCCAAAGUUUAGACGGAACAGCAGCUUUUUUAGACAUUUUAGCGCCACCUUAUGACUUUGAAAGGCGAAAGUGCUCCUAUUAUCAGAAAUUGAGCCAAGCUUCUCGAAAUAUAUUCCGUUUACAAGAAAUAGAGUGUCCCAGCUGGUAUUGGACUGAUUCUUGCCCUUACACUGGACCUAAAAUGUAUGAAGUUCAGUUCUAUGUUUGAAAAUUUACUGUUUAAUGAUUUUAUUUUUUUUUUUUAAAUUAAUAGUUUCAGUAAAGAAUUUGAUUGUUAAGCAUUAUUUUUCAACAUGAUAAGCUCAAUGUAAGUAAAAGCAUUACGCAA